UGCAACUCCCGUCUCUUAGCAUUAAUUGGAUUUAAAGAAAAAGAAAAUUAGCAUAAUUAAGAAGAAACGUCUUUUAAUUUGGGGAAAUAAGAGACGUCUUCUGAGACACGUGUUGUGUUUUAGUUGUUCUUCUCCUUUUCUUCUUCGCCUUCAACUUCUCCUUCUCUUCUUCGCCUCAUCUUUUCCUUAUCUUUUUUCUGCUGCUUUGCUAUUCAUCUAUGUUUUGUGGAUCGAAAAACUAAAGCGAAUGGACAAAGGCAUAGCAGUGAUGGGUACUGGCCGGAGAUGGGCCGUCGAUUUCUCCGAUCAAUCCACCAUUCUAUCUUCCCGCGACAUUCUCGAUCCCUCUGACUUCAUAUGUGUAUAUCCUCCGCCUCUUCGAGACUGUCUCUGAUGUCUGCGUCAUUGAGGUUAACGAGACCGGGACACGAUUGAAGUACAAGCCUGGAAUUAUAAUGGGAGGGAAGAACUUGGUUCACAAUUGUGUCCUCUAAAUCCAUCAAACGCUAGAGUUGUAAGUAGUUGGCAGUGGCGGAACGGUUCGUGUUCAAGGCUCUGAGUUUUGGCAUAUGCCUAAAGUUCUAAGAUUGAAAGCUGAAGACAGUGAUCAGGUUACAGAGCAAGGGAGAAUUGAGGUUUGAGAAGCACAACAGAACAAGAAGGAACCUAGUCAUCCUCUGUAACUGCAGCCAUUGCGCUUAACCCUAAGUUGAUGCCGAACGGGAUGUCUGUUUCCUUUGCUAAUGAAAUGUUUGUUCUUGUCCGAGAUGGGGUUGA